AGUGUUUACAGUCGAGAAAAUUGCAUCCAGCGAACUUUCGCUUCACUGAUACUGAUCGCAAAUUACACAGUUUUCCGUGAAAUACAGUGUAUGUAGUGUAAGUAAUUAUGUUAAUCUUCUCUCAUUCACUGAUUGUAUCAACAACUCGUUUGCUUCUAGGAUGCCCUUUAAAAUAAUUCAAACGAUUGAAGCCGGGGAAGUUUGUCUCAGCGUCGUACCCAGUGGCUGGGAAUGUAACGGGAUCUUAUGGUGGCCGAAAAAACACCUGGUUGGAAAAUUAUCGCAGAUCGAAACAUCUAUGCCAGACGACAAAUGGGAGAAGAUUAAUUGUGUGAAGAAAAGGGAAUUUCUCACACGGAAGGAAGCUGAUGACGAACUCGACCGGAUGGAAACAGUAUCUGAUACCGAAGUGGAAGAAAUUCAAAUGCCGCCUCCAAGAAAACGUAUACGGUACGGCCAGUCAAGUAAAGUAUUUGUGGCCAAGGACUUUAACAGUCUUGUGAAGAGCGUAUCUGGACCUACACACGAACAGGAAGUGGCAGUAAACUCAAUCUUGAGUCCGGCUACGAAUCUAUGUAUUGCUGGCCCUGUGGACGAUCAACAAAUGGUGUACGUAACGGAAGAAGCUGACGAAAAAGAAGAAGAACAACCACCGCAGUCAUCGAUAUUUUUCAUGACAAAUGAUGACGAAAACAACGGUAUCGAUCCGGUUCUGGAAAAUCAACGUGUCAUUUUGGAAAACCAAUCCAAAAUAAUGCAGGCUCUGGCAAAGAUUCAAACUGGGCAAGAUUACGCCAUGACGCAUUGCCAUUGCCGUACACAACGAUUGGAUGAAAGUUCAACCAAGCAGCAUGUGCAGCCUGCAUUUUCUGCAGUCGAUUCCGUUGAUGAUUUGAAAGCGUUGGAAAAAUCCCUGGAAGACAGCACAAAGAUGCAAACGUUCUUGAGCGGAAUGAGUUUCAUCUGCGGUACCACAGGCAAGGCACAGGGUGUCGAUUGCUGCUAUAAGUUGAUCGACUACUUCUUCACGCGAAUGUUCCUUACCCAGUGCUCGUGGACAGGAAUGGUACGAAAGUCCGAUGGGAACACACAGCAGGAGCCAUCAACCAGUGUAGAUGCGGAGCCAAAAAUUCCAUUGAAGUUCUAUGGAAACACACGGAGACUGUUUGUGAAUCUGGUUCGACAGGCCGACAAGGAUUUUUCAGAGCUGGACGGAGAAAAAUUCUUCAAAACGAUCCUUAAGAACAGCAAGCAACGACUCAAUGCAAAGAUGCUAACAUCGAAGCAUAAGAACAGACCAACCAACCUGAAGUAUAAAAAAACCAGUGUCGAACCUGAACCAGUGCAGGCUGAUGCUAGGGAUGAUGCUCGGGCUGAUGCAAUUAUUGAAGAGGAGGAUGUUUCUAAUGUUAAUACCACAGGUUCAUUUGAAAUGAACAAAGAGUAGAUUUCGAAUAUGUCAUGUAAUUGAAAUGUACCACAUGAUUGGUAAGUGAUUACUUUUAAAUAAAUAUUUUGAUGCUUUUUAUUUGAUAGAUUUGUGAACAAAACUUGAUGAC